GUUUACCUCUUAAUUUUUUAUAUUAUAAAAAAUUUACGUCACUAAUGAAAUUCUUGAAAUGUUUUAUUUAUUUAUUAAUAGUAGAUUUAUAACAGAGUGGUAAAUACUGACUUGUUAAAAAUUGACAAUUUUACUCGAAAAUAAUUUGUUAGUUUAAUACUUUGCAUUUUAUUUAAAACAUUCCAUAAUGAUAAUUUUUUUGAGUGAGUUACAAAAAGAACAUUUGAAUUUACUUCAUCAACAUUCUACUCAAGUUUUAGUUGAUUUUUGCAAACUUACUAUUGACUAUCUAAAUAAUGGGAUGAAUGAAAAAAAAUAUGGCAUUGCUGCAGAAAAACUGGAUGUUCCGGUGAAUGUUGUACAAAAUCUUAUUUAUGCUUUGGCUUAUUUAAUUGUGGAAGGAUGUAAACAUAAUCUGUCAGAACCAAACUUUAGGUCUUCACUGGCUAUAGCAGGGUUUUCUCAAGAACAACAGCAAAUUUUAGUGAAAUUAUAUAAUGCUAAGAAAAGAGAAUUAUCAGAAGCAUUAAAUUUGCUACAACAAAAAGAUCCAAGUUAUCAAGAUCUUACUUGGAGAUUUGAAGUGCAGGUGGCUUCAAAGAGUUCAAUGGAUGAAGUAAAGCCCAUGGUUGCCAUGGAUUUUGUAUUGUCAAGCCCUAAAAACUUUAGUCAAAGUGAAGAGGAAUUUAGACAUGAAACUUUAAAGCAAAAAAGUGGUUUAUCUUCAAUGAAAAUUGUGUCUUCAGUUCAAGACGCUAAGACAGCUAGUCAAUGUCAGCAUGUAAUAAACCAUGUCCUUCUUCAAUCUGAUCUGCCCAACUUAGUCCACCUCACAAAUAGGUUGGAGGAAGCGCUUAAAGAAUCAAAAAGUCAACAUGUCCGAAAAGUGCAAAGGGCAUUAUAAUUUAAUUGUAUCAAAUGGCUAGAUAAUUUUAUACAAAUACAUCACUAGUGCUUCAACCCCUAUACUGAUGUAUUGUUGUGUUGAGAUAAAGGAUUAGUGAACCAGUGUUUAUUAGCAUUACAAUACAAUUUACUUUUGGCAGAGAUGACUGACCAUUGGGAUGCCAUUCGAUUUAGCCAUCUCACAAUA